UGUUUUUUGUUGUCUAAACAAUAAAAUUGUAUUAUUUUUUUGUGUAAAUCUAAAUUAUUUUAAGAUUUUUUAUUCUAUUAAAGUAUAAUAAUUCAGUAAAAUACAUUAAUUAUUGUCUUAAUUUUAACUAUUAUAUUUUAAAUUUCACUGAAGUUGAAUUCAAUUACAUUAAUAAGUUUUAGUCAUUUCAAAAUGACAAUUUAUAAUAUUUAUAUAUUUGAUCGAUUGGGUACAUUAUUAUAUUACAUGGAAUGGAACAGACAAAAACAAUCAGGGAUGAGUAAAGAAGAAGAAGCUAAAUUAAUGUAUGGAAUGCUUUUCUCAAUUAAAUCAUUUGUAUCUAAAAUAUCACCACAUGAUCCUAAGCAGGGACUUUUAUGUUACAAAACCAACAAAUAUGCUCUGCAUUAUUAUGAAUCAUUGACUGGCAUAAAGUUUAUUUUGAAUACUGACAUUUCAGUUAAAAAUGUCAGAGAUUUGUUACAACAGUUGUAUAAAGAUAUUUUUGUUGAAUAUGUGGUAAAGAAUACAGAGUGUGAAAUGGGACAACCUAUAGUUAGUGAAUUAUUUCAAAAUAAGCUCGAUCAAUUCAUAAAACAACAGCAAAAAAUUCUUCAAUAGCAUUAAUUAUGUUCAACUAUCUAUUGAGUAAAGUUUUUGGGAAUUUUAUUUUUCAUUCGAUGGUCUCACUGGAAUUGUAAUUAUCCCCUCUACUUAAUUUCUGUAAAUUCGUAGUAUCCAACAAAUAUUUAAAUUCAAAA